AUGGGUCGAAUUCCCAACCCUCGAUGGUCUGAUCCUCCGAGGAUGGCUUUUUCCAGCUCAGACCCGUGGACCUGCUAUUAUCAUCAAUCCCGGGAGAUGUUUGUACCUGAAGUUGCAGAGCAGUUCCAAAAUUCCAACAUCACGGCGUUAAUCUAUGAUACUCGCUCUCUGGGGCAAAGUGACGGAGAGCCAAGGAACGAGGUGGAUCCUACAAUGCAAGUGUCUGACUUCUCAGAUGCACUGAGUUUCAUGAAAACUCUUCCCAUUGUCGACCCAGCUAUGAUAGGUUUUUGGGGCAUGUCCUAUGGUGCCACUGUUGCGUUAUGUGCUGCCUCGCUGGAUGAGAGAGCCAAAUGGUGCAUUGCAGUGUGUCCCUUGGUCGAGCCCAAGCCAAGACAAGAUAUGCUAGCUCGAGUGCUGAGGAAGACUAUGAAGGAUCGAGAAUCCAGAAUCUUAGGCAACACGCCUACUUUUCUUCCCGUGUUGACAGAAAAGCGAGAGAAUCCCGCCGGGAUGGGGAUGGAUGUCGAUGAUGCAGGAUUCGAAUAUAUGAUGAACGUAAAGGACCACGGUGCGCCUAACUACGAGAACCAGACGACCUUGCAAACAUACUACAGGUUGAUCAGCUGGCAGCCGUUCGAGGUUAUGAGAUAUCUCCAUGUCAGACCCUCCCGCGCUUCCAUUCUGAUGAUUAUCCCCGAGAACGAUCUGAUGUCUCCCCCAGAAACGCAGAUCAAGUGGUUUGAUAGCUUUCCGACGCCGAAGAAGAUGCAUGUUGCGUUGGGAAAGGGUCACUUAGAUGUAUUGAGUGGGGACGACAGUCAGGUGUUGGCUGACUUACAGGUCAAAUUUGUAUUAGAUAUUAAUUAG